AGGCCCAAUGAAGGCGAUGUGCUGAUGACAGAGAAGAUAAUGUCAAAGUAGUAACUAGAAAGAAGAGGACUCCUUUUAAGAGGUAGUAGAAGAAGAAGAAUCACAAAGACAGAUUUUCAGAGACUUCUUGGUGCCAUUUGGAUUCUCUUUCAAGUUGUCCAUUAAAUCUGUUCUUACUGGCCAAUGGCUGCUUAGGGGUAACUGAAAGUGUGUAUUAAGAAGUUUGAGCUUGUUUCCUGUUAUCAGAGGAUUCCUGGGCAGACCCUAAAUCCGAGAAUACUAUAAUAGAGUCAUGGUUUCGGAACCUGAGCUAAUUAAGAGCGCUGGAGGUUCAAUUAGGGUAGGAACCACUGGUACAAUCAGUUCCCUGAUAACCAAGGAAAUGGAUAACAGAAACAGUGCACAAAAACACACACCAAUAUCUACUAAAAGAAAACCAGCAACGAUCCCACUUGCACUUCCGUCUGGGUCUACUCCAAGAACAAGUCUACAGCGAAGACGGACAACGAAUGAGGCGAGUAGUAGCAGCAACAGCAGUAGUACCAGUACAAGUAAUGUCAAUCGAAGAAGCUCCACAAGUUCGGCAAGACAGAGCACCGGAAAAAAGAGUACCCAUGAUCUUCCAAUGCUUGGGUCUGAAGAUAUUCCUUCGGAGAGAACUCCUUACAGGGCUACUAGCUCCAACAAGAAAGGACCUAAUAUUGUUGAAGUAGUGGACAUAAAAUGUGGGAAGUCAGAAAAAUCAUGGUCCACUCCUAUAUCCAGUCGACUAAAGAAGCUUGGUUUUUCAAAGCUUUCAGUAUCGAUUGGGUAAUCGCUUGUAACUUAGAGGUUUCUUCACAUGGAUUCUUUAAAUCAUGAUGAAGAAUGAACACUCAGUAUUCUAUCCCAAUUUCAACUAAUUGUUCGAAACUUCCAUAGCUUAACAAAAGCAUGAUACGAGGUGCUUGUUGCUGCGUCUUUUCUUCCUUGUAGUGUACAUGUAACCAGAAUUCCUUGAAAGCUUGUACUAAUAAAACAACAAUACGAGUAUCAAAUCUCUCUUUUAGUUAAA